AUGGACAGUGUCCAAGCACGUCCGCCAAAACGGCGCAAGACCAAAUCGAAAGAAACGCCGGCCUUCUACCACGUCAUGCCCCCGGAGAUUCGCAAUGAGAUCUAUGAGCAUGCAGCACUGCCAGAAACUGUUGAUCCCGAAGCGCGCACCUUCAAGACCGUGACUUCAGAGGGGAACAUCGCACCCAAGGACACCGUCCAGUCCUUCUUCCUAGACGCAGUCAGCGAGAGUGGCAGGAGUUCACUUUUCGAGAGGGAUGUUGUCAAGAUUACAGAGCUCACGCAGGAAGUGCUCACUCUCGUGAUGCCUGGAAUACUCUUCCAAUUCAGCACACCCAGUGCCCUCGAAGUAUUCGCCGAAACAUUUGCGGCCCACAGCAACGUGUGCCAUAUUGUCCCGGAGCUACAUAUUGAGUUGAACUUGGCAAACAACUUAAGUCAGGCAUCUCUCGAGGAGCUAGCCAAAUUCAAAGCGACUAAGCUGCCACACGGUCGCGGUAUCCAGAUGCAUGACCACGUCGAAAAGUGGAUGCUCGUCAUCAAGACUCUUCCCAAGACAACAACACACGUCCAUCUGGUAUUUUCGCACAUUUGGAGAGAUUUUCGAGAACUUCGUGGCCUUUCCAAGAAGCAUGGCCUCUCAGAACGCACAGUCACCUUCCAGUUUAGGACGCCGUCCAUCGAGCGUCCGGACCAUAGCUUCUUUGAGGCCCAGACAAUGGCGGCGGUGAAGGACCUGGAGGUUGCUGAACAAGCUGGGAUCAGUGAGGAAAAGAGAGCCAAGCUCGUCAAAUUUGGAUGCAGAGGCUUCAAUUCUACCAGAGUUAGGGGCGCGGAUCACGAGGCGAUACAAACUGAUAAGGGCAAAUGA